GCGGGAACACAUCCACGUGUCUACACUCCUAUUGCUUCGUAAAAAAAUAUAUUUAUUACUAGACAAUUUCAAAGUAUCUUUGGGGCGUCUUUUGUCAGCGACUGCUGCUACUACCGUAAGUAAAAGUGCGAGAAAAUGAAAUGGGCGGAUAGAAAACCGGGAUGUUGUUCGGGCUGUUACUGAUCAGGGGAUGGAAUUAUAUUUAAAAAAAAGCACGCAGUAGAAAAUGUAUAAAUUGUACCUUUCUGCGCAAAGAAGACUAUUAACGCGCAUUCGUUUUUACGCUACCAAAGAAUGAUUACAUCUCUUAGGUUUUGUUUUAAUCGGGAAUUUAUUUUGUGCCGAUUUAAACAUGGAAUGUAACGAUAUUGAAAAGGUGGAUCCUAUAAUGGACAUUACUUGCAGAAUAUGUUCCGAAACAUUUGACAAGGGAUUCCACAUAUUGGGAGAGGAAGGAAAAAGGAGAAAUCUUCAUGCCAAAAUUAGGAGAUACUUGUAUAUAACGGUUUCAACAACAGACAGACUGCCAAAGAUUAUAUGUGUUUCGUGUUACUGUAAAAUAGAAUCAUUCCACAAUUUUGUGCUAAUGGCUAAUAAAAAUCAAGUUAAAUUUACAUUUUCUGCAAAAGAUGGUCAGGAUACAUGUAAUAUAGUCAAGCAGAAAAGCGUUAGUCUCCUAGAAUCAUAUUUAACUAGAGGUACAAAGGAAUUCGAAUCAGAAAAAGAGGGUUUAGAGGAGUUGGAAGUGGAAGUAGAUCCCAUGUGGUUCCUAGAGGGUGGAAUUGCAAACCAAGACAUUGAUGAUGAUUAUAACUCAUCUGGAGCCGAGACAAAAAGUAACAGAAAUACCGAAAACGCCCAAAUCAAUCAAACUGUUCCAGAAAACGAAUUCUACAGCGACGAUGAAGCUGACAUCGAGUCUGAUAAGGAAGAAUUAAUUUCAAAAAGACAAAUCAAAGUUAACGAUAAUCAAUCAAAUAACAUUUUCAGUACAAAUGUUUCAAUAGUAAAAAACAAUAAGGAAAUUAUCACAAAUAAUAACGAAAGGAUACUGAUCGGUUCUGUAAAUGUUAGUUCUUGUCCCCCAACAAAUGAAAUUAUGGCUGAAAUUGAGAACAACAACAGAUGCGAAAUUAAUAGAAGAGCUCACAGCUGCGAAAUUUGUUUUAGAAGAUUCAAUUCCGAGGUAGCACUUCACAAUCAUAUUUGGACACACUCUAGACAAACUAAGCACCCAUCUGAUCAGAGAGAGACAGAAAAUAAUGACGAAAAUCUACCCUUACCUGGUCAUUCAAUUUUCACAGAUGUAGAAAACAACGGUGUGGCCAAUAAUGAGAAUUCUUGCCCUAUUUGUGGAAAAGUCGUAUCUACUAGGGGAAAUCUGAAAGUCCACUUAGAAACUCAUAGACCAAAGGGAAAAUAUGGAUGUGAUAGUUGUGGUAGAAUUUUUAAAACGCAAUGUAAUUUACAAAGGCAUCAACGGUACCACGAUGGCGUUAAGUAUUCGUGCGAGGUAUGUGGUAGGGUUUAUUCCACAAAUAGCACCCUACGUGCUCAUGCUGUAACGCACAGUGAACUUCGACCGCACGAAUGCCCGUUAUGUGAAAAAAAAUUUAAACGUAAUCAAGACUUAAAGUUCCACAUAAAUCAGCAUACCGGUGCCAAACCUUACCGAUGUCCGUAUUGUCCUAAAGCAUUCGCUAGUUCUGGAAAUUGUUUCUCACACAGAAAAAGGAUGCAUCCUGCGGAAGUGGAAAGGGAUCGAGAAAAGGCAGCAAAAUUUAUGUGAUCCCACAAUUAGGUAUUAGUUUUAAAAUAGUCAAAAUUAUUUUUACUCGUGGUGGUUUCAUUAAAUAAAAUCUACAUAUUAAAAUAAUUUGGCCGUAUUAAGACCACAUAAAAUUAUCGCUGCUACUUGACAUCAUUGUGUUUUUGUCCAUGUUUCAAUUACGCUAUUGUUCUAAUUAGAAGAAGUGGAAUAAUAAAAUUUUCUUUAAUAUUUUGAUGUAUGUACAUAUCGCACGAUUCCAUAAAGGCAAUAAAAUUAUUUUGUAAAAUAAGUUCCAAAGAUAUGCUAUCACAAUUCUGAUAACAUUUUUUGCGAUUGCGGAUGGAACAUUGGUAAAGUUGCAGUUCUUUCAAACCACAAUUUAUUUAAUCGCAAAAUUAAGAAAAUAUCUUAUCUUUUGUAAUUAUUAAUUCAUAGAGCAACUGCCUACAAGUUUAAAAUUAUGGAAACAUUAAUUGAAAAUAAAUACUAAUUUAAUUAAUAAUUAUUCGUACAGCGUUUAGAUGACCUUUUAUACAUCUGUGUAAAUGACAAAGUCAAACUUGUUGCUACAUUUUACCUAUUUUAUUGAGAAGUUAAUUAUUUUUACUAAAUUAAAUCAAUUUUAAAUUAAAACGUAGUGCAUUCCUUUUUGUACAUAUGCUAAUGCAAUUAAAAAAAUUAAAAAAAAAACUCGCAAUCUUAAAUUUGUAGGGGUUGACCAAGAAAAAUGUAAACAAAUGAUUUCUUAAUAAAUCACAAUAAUCAUUUGUUUAACAAAAUAACUAUGUCGUAAUUCACAAAAUAUUUUUCCGCUGAUUAUUUCACAUUUUUGCUUUUUUCAUCGCAUAAAAUGAAAAAAAAAAAACAUGUAAAAACUUACGUAUCAUUAUGGUAAGAUAAAGUAAUUAAUUAUAUUUAGGGAAUAACAUGUACUCAACCCCAUUAAGACUUACUAGAAUGUAGGAUAUUUAUAUAAAAAAUUGUAAGUUAAUAUGUAAUUUUAUAGAACUGUGAUGAAUUACUGUAUACGCCAGUAAGUAAAUCUCUUUUUUAUUAAUUUAAAUUUAUGACAAAAAAAAAACAUCACCACAAACAAUGUAAGAUUCUAUGUAACAUGUACAUGUAAAACUUUAUCUAGCCAAAACUGUACAGCAUGACUGUUAAAAAUAGAUGUAGUUAAUUAAAUCAUUGUCUGAACUUUAA